UAUGAGCCACAGAAUGGAGUAUCCUUCGGGUUCUCCGCAUAGGGGAGCUCAAGCUGAGUAUUCCCGCUAUCAACCCAAACUGACUGGAUCCCCUUCUGCGUCCAGGACCGUUGGCUUUGAGUCGACUACCGCAUCUAUGAACAGAGGAUAUGCGACAACGCUGAAGAACGAAUUCGGAUCCGUUCCGGAGAGCUUUUUUGAUUUCUCAAACCAAUUUACCGGGGUGUUGACGAAAAUGAAUGAGAAAGAACUGCUCCAUGGGCUGAACGACCGUUUCGCCGGAUUCAUAGAGAAGGUGCGUCAUUUGGAGCAUCAAAAUGAAUUGCUCGAGAGGGAAAUCGAGGAAAUCAAACAGAAGGCACAGUCCCCUGCGUCUCUGGCCCAGGAGCACGAGCCGGAGCUUAUGGAUCUGAGGAAACGAGUUAAUGACAUCACCCUUCAGAAGCGUCAGAUCGAGAUAGAGCAUCAGAACCUGGAGGAAGAUUUCCUCACCUUGAGAGACAAGUACGAGCAGGAGGCGCGUGACCGCUCGGAUGCAGAGAACGGCAUCCUUGUGCUGAAAAAGGACGCCAACGAUGCAUACCUCGCCAAACUUGAGUUGGACAAGAAAGCGCAGUCUCUAGUGGACGAGAUCCACUUCCUGAAGAAGAACCAUGAGGACGAGGUAUCGGAGAUGGUGGCCAAGAUCCAAGAGGCUCAGGUAACGGUCAAGGCGCACGACUUUGGCAAACCCGAAAUCACUGCGGCUCUCCGGGACAUCCGUGCACAGUUAGAAGGUCACGCUGCCUCCGACAUUCAGCAGGCGGAGGAGGGCUUCCGUGUCCAGUUCGCAAAGUUAACCAAAGCGGCAGAGAGCAACAGAGAGGUGCUGAAGGCGACCCAGCAGGAGAUCCAGGAGAAUAGAAGGUGCCUGCAGGGAAAAAAUAUUGAACUGGACUGCGGGAAUGGAACGAGAGAGGCCCUGGAAAAACAACUACACGAGUUGGAAGAGCGUCACUAUGCGGAAAUGAUUCAUUACCAGGACACUAUCAGGCAGCUGGAGAAUGAGCUGACCAAUGCUAAACUAGACAUGUCUGGCUACCUGAGAGAGUACCAGGACCUGCUGAAUGUCAAAAUGGCUUUAGAUGUGGAGAUUCUCUCUUACAGGAAACUCCUGGAGGGUGAGGAGUCCCGUCUGUACACCAUCUCUGACACCCACAUCUCCAUGCCCUGCAUCUACAACCAGCCCCCCGUCUACACCCUGCCUUGCCUGGCCCGGAAGGGAGGUCCCACACGCAGAUCUGUGCCCCAGUACAAGUUUGUAGAGGAGAUCAUAACUGAGACCACCAGAGAGGUGGAGAUGUCAGAGAUCGAGGAGACAGGCUCCGAGGAGACAGGCUCCGAGGAGACGGUCGGGGGACAGGGAGAGGAGCUGAGACAGAAGCAGGGAGAAGAGCGUGAUAAAGCUGAUAGGAGGAGUGGGGAAGAGGAGGAUGAAGAGAAAGAGAAAGAUGGAAGUAAAGUGGAUCUUGAAGUGGACGCCCCAGAGGAAAAGGGUGAACAGGAGGAAGAGUCUAAGAGACAGCAGAUGGAAACAUCAGCAGAGGUAGCGAUGAAUGGAGAUGGAGUUAACCCUAGCGAGGGAGAAGAUGGAGAGGAAGGAGAUGACGAAAGAGAGGAGGAAAAGGGGGAUGAGCCAGAUGAAGUAAAAAAGACAGAGGACAUUGACAGAGGUGAAAAAACACCAAGUGAAGUCAAAUCAGCUGAGGCCACCCUUAAGGGAGAGAAGGAAAAACUGGACACAACCGAGGAGCUAGACACCAAGAAAAAGGAGACAUUAGAAAAAGAUGACGCCCCAAAACAUGACGAGUCCAAACCAGAGGUUCCCAUGAACGGUGACAGCUCAACAGAACCCAAAACAGGAAGUUCAAUAAAGGGUGAACCACAGGUCCCCAUGGAGGACAUCUCCAAAGAAUCCAAAAAGGUGUCAGAGGAGAGAAAAAAAGGAAGUCAUUUAAAAGAGAAAAAAGAGAUAGAUCUGAAAGAGGAGAGUGCCUCAACAGAGCAACAGCAGGAUAGCCCAAAAUAA